AUGAACAAAUUUUAUAAACAAGCUAAUGAUGCUUUCUUUGAAGACGAUUAUGACGAAGCUUUAAAACUUUAUAAUGAAGCUAUUGAAUUAGACGCGACAAAUGCUGAAUAUUUUUUGAAAAGAUCGGCUACGUAUCAAAAAUUAAAAAAGAAUAAAGAAUCCUUGGAUGAUGCCGAAAAAGUCUUCAAUUUAGUUGAAGGAAAAGAAGAAGAAAAGUCGGUUAAAGCAAAAGCCUUGUUGAGAAAAGGUAUUGCAUUGUUUGAACUUAAGAAUUAUCAAGGUGCCAAGGAUUCAUUUGAAUCUUCUAAGGAAUUGAAUCCAAAUGAAAAAUUAUUGGCCACUUGGUUAAGAAAGGUUGAAACAGAAUUGAAGAAAAGUAUCGGUACACAACCCGCACAAACCGCACCUAGUGGAGCAGCUAAUUUCUUAUCUCAAAGUCGCAAGGAAACCGUUGAAGUUUACAUGGCAGAUCGGUCUGUAUCAGUAACAGUGAAACUUCCUACCGGAUCUGAUUAUUCGUUGGAACUUGAUCCACUUGCACAUGAAAUAAAUCCAAAGGAAAGUAAAUAUGAAGUGUUGUCAACAAAAAUUGAAGUUAAAUUGAAGAAAGCUUCUAUUGGAGUUAAAUGGGGAGUCUUGGAAGGUGAAGAAACUCUAGUUGGAUCAAUUAGCGGAGGGGAUGGUAAAUUAACUUAUCCAUCAUCUGCGAAACAUGCAAAGAAUUGGGAUGCGUUGGAGAAGGAAAUCAGUAAAGAACAGGAUAAACCAGAAGGAGAGGCGGCUUUGAAUGCUUUAUUCCAACAAUUAUAUAAAGAUGCGGAUGAUGAUACAAGACGAGCCAUGUUGAAGAGUUAUACGGAAAGUAGUGGAACUUGUCUUAGCACAAAUUGGAACGAAGUUAGUAAAGGUACAGUGGAAACGAAACCUCCGGAGGGAAUGGUUGCUAAAAAGAAAAUGUUUAAUACGUGA